AUGGCGAAUUUAAUGCAUAGAUUAUUCAGGAGCAAGGCUUGCUUCAGUCCAAUUCAGAGGCUUACCACUCCUUCUCUCACCGCGUUUCAGAAGAAUUCCUGCAUCGAUUCUGUGAUCGAGAAAUCUGUUCCAGUUUCUCUUGCGAACCCCGUGAUUACGACGAUCUCCGGGAAUGAAUCCGAUCAGUCUAUGCGGUUUUAUCCUAGUUUCUCGAUGGGGGUACUUUAUGAACUCGAGCAUGAUGAUUCAGUGUCCGGAUCUAGCCGAAACGGUGUCGUCGUUGGAGGAGAAAGAUGA